CCAUGGCCGCCCGCGGAGACCUGGGCCCAGUAGCCUCUGUGGAUGGUAGCUAUCCCACUUGUGAUAUUAAUUGUUUAAUAUGGAACAAGUAAUGACUCUCCCAGAUCCAUCCGCCCCUAUCUUUUCGCCUAGCGGCGGGCGGGCAGUGGUGCGGGAGCGGCUGGAGAAAGAUGAAUUUCAAGGCCUGCCUGUACUGCUUUUAAACCUUGAUGACGUAUAUGUCACAUUGCCCCUUUCUCCAAAAAUUCGCCUCCGCCAUCACUACCCAGGGACCCUUUCAGAGGACUGAGGUGAAGAGAAGAUGUGGGGAGAGCUCACACGCCUGAUGGCGUUCCACGCACUGCUCCGAGCACGUGGGGCUCUGUCGCCCCAGCUCUGCAGAAAAAACAAUCAGAUCACCUCGUUCACAUAUUGAUUGUCCCUUUGAUCCACUGCGGUCUGCCUGUUCAUGGCGAGAGCCCCCGCCGGGGAGAUGAUCGAGGUCUGGGAGGCAUCUGCCUGCACCCAGGUAGCUGCCGCGUGGGGACGCUGCGGUCUGCACUGCCCAGUACUUCCCUGCUCUCCUGGCGAGUGCGCGUGGGCACCUGCCCGUUGUUCUCUGUCCCUGUGUGGAUCGUGUGCCAGGCAGGGCUGAGGACACUGCCUCAGUGACAGACGUCCCGUCCCUGUGACCCACCUGCCCAGCCGCUGUCCUGCCCCUGGAAGUGCAGAGGUGCCAGGAGCUGCCCACCGUCCCAGGACAAACCAGCAGGUUGUGGUCUCCCGCGGAGCAGACUUCCCACUGUUCCCUUCUGCGCUCGAGCUGGCGAAGGCUCUGGACCCAGACCCAUCCGCUCCCCGGGGACUGCUUCGGCCGACACCGCGUCUUGCGAGCAGGAGAGCAGGCGAGCAGCGUCAGCAAAUGGAGAUGGUAUUCAGGAGACAAGAGAGCAGUGAGGGGUUCUGUGGCCUCGCGCUCUGGUGCCGGAGGCUGUGCCCUGAGCGGCCGGGAGAAGAAGAGUACUCUGACAUUUUUUUACAGGUACGUUAUCUUAGGCGCACAAAGCCGAUUUCACAGGGAAAAGCCGGCCUUGGUCAAGGAAGCGACAUGCCUAGGGAGCGGGAGGAACAGCCAUCUCCUCGCAGCCCAUCUGACCCCCCUGUGCCCGGCCCCCUGGCCCAGGCUGAGCAGCGCGAGCAGCGCCCAGAGAAUGAUAUUGACCUCGAAGGUCUGGUGAAUGAUAUGAAUACAUCUUUGGAGAGUCUGUGCCCAUCUGGUAACAUGCAGUCCGAGACGGUGCCCCUGCGCCAGAACGGCCAGCACACCCGUGGCCAGCCGCCACCUGCAGGAGCAAGGCCCGCGGAGCCGCAGGCAUCUGCGCAGCAGAAGGUGCAGCGUUCCCAGCCCAUGCACAUCCUGGCUGUCAGUUUUAGGUUCCUAGCAAAAUUCAGAGGAAGAUACAGAGAUUUCCUGUACACUCCCCUCCCCCAUCGUCAACAUCCCCACCAGAGGCGCCUGCAGGAGGAAGACCAGCAGUUGAAAACCUCGUCGCUGCCGGCCAUUCCCAACCCUUUCCCAGAGCUCGGCAAAAAGGAGAGCUCCUCUGCGCUCGCGGCAGGCUCCGGCUCGGGCUCCGGCUCGGGCUCGGGCUCGGGCUUCCUGCCGCCUCCAAGCCAGCCCCAGCCCCCGGCGAAGACGGAUGUUAAAAUCUUCGGUGAGGACGGGACCUGCAAGGUGGUGGAGAUUCCGGUGGACAUGAAGUCCCGGGACCUGUGCCAGCUGCUGGUGUACCGCAGCCACUGCGUGGACGACAACAGCUGGACCCUGGUGGAGUUCCACCCCCACCUGGGGAUCGAGCGCUGCUUGGAAGACCAUGAGCUGGUGGCCCAGGUGGACAGCACCAUGGCCGGCGAAAGCAAAUUCUUAUUCAGGAAGAAUUAUGGCAAAUAUGAGUUCUUCAAAAAUCCCACCAACUUCUUCCCGGAUCAGAUGGUCACCUGGUGCCAGCAGUCCAACGGUGGUCAGAACCAGCUCCUGCAGAACUUCCUGAACACCAGCAGCUGCCCCGAGAUCCAAGGGUUCCUGCACGUGAAGGAGCUGGGGCGCAAGUCCUGGAAGAAGAUGUACCUGUGCCUGCGCAGGUCCGGCCUCUACUGCUCCACCAAGGGCUCCUCUAAGGAGCCCCGGCACUUGCAGCUGCUGGCCGACCUGGACGACUGCAGCGUCUUCUCUGUGAUCUCCGGCAAGAAGCAGUACCACACCCCCACGGAGUUCGGCUUCUGCCUGAAGCCAAACAAAGUCCUGCAGGAGACAAAGGAGCUGCGGGUGCUGUGCGCGGAGGACGAGCAGGGCCGCAUCUGCUGGAUGACCGCCUUCCGGCUGCUCAAGUAUGGAAUGACCCUCUACCAGAACUACCGGCUCCCCCACCACAGAAAGGCGGCCUACCUGAGCUCCCUCUCCGGGCCCGUGCGCAGCGUCUCCGAGAGCUCCCUCGUGGCCAUGGACUUCUCCGGGCAGACCGGAAGAGUGAUCGACAACCCCGAUGAGGCUGAGAGCGCAGCCCUGGAGGAAGGACACGCCUGGAGGGUAAGGAGACGCAGCACCAGGAUGAGCGCCCUGGGCAGCCAAAGCCCCCUCGCCCACUCCUCCCUCAACACCGUGAUUCACAAGAGCCAGCACUGGUUCCAUGGCCGCAUCUCCAGGGAGGAGUCGCACCGCAUCAUCAAGCAGCAGGGGCUGGUGGACGGGCUCUUCCUGGUCCGCGACAGCCAGAGCAACCCCAAGGCUUACGUGCUCACGCUGAGCCACCACCAGAAAAUCAAAAAUUUCCAGAUCUUACCUUGUGAGGAGGAGGGGCAGGUGUUCUUCAGCCUGGACGACGGGAACACCAAGUUCUCCGACCUGAUCCAGCUCGUCGACUUCUACCAGCUCAACAAGGGGGUGCUGCCCUGCAAGCUCAAGCACCACUGCGUCCGCGUGGCCUUGUGACUCGCCCGGCGCGGCCCGGCGGCUGGGGCGCACCCACGUGGCCUGGUGGCCCCAGACCCGCCUGAGCUGGUGGCUGGAGGGAGCUCACACUGGAAGGAGUAGGAGGCCUGUGCAGGUUGAAAACACACUUUGAUUCUGUACCUGGGGAGCGGAAUCGUUUCCCUUGGUGCCAACCCCCAAUAUUGGAUAGUCCUUGGAUGUAACGGUGAUUUGUGGCUCGGACCCUGCCAGCCAAAUCAGGGGCUGAAAGAGCGAGUGCUAAAUUUGAGGAAAACUGGAAGGAGCGUCCUGGCGGGGCCACGUGAGAGUCGUAGCAGUGAUUGGAAAUAAACUCUUGCCCUGGAAUAAUCUUGACAAUUGAAACUGACAUGUUUACUUUUUUGUAUUGAUCCCUUUUUUUGCACUCCUUGUUUUCAAUGUUGUAUUCAGCCCCUGGUGGCGGGGACACGGCUGUGCAGCGCAUACAAGACGGAGAGACAGUUUCAAGCGGACGGGCACACGUUGCCGACGGAGCACAGAGGUAUCGGAGGGCGGGCCCGCCUGCAGGUCACCGCAGGCGGCUUCGGCGUCCGGAUAAUCGGCACCCUCGCCUUCCCCGUUUACCGGAAAAGCUUCUAAAAAGCCCAGGCGUCGCCUGUGGUCGGCAUCGGACAGCUUCGUGGACCAGUCAGCAGCCACGUCCGCCACUCGCUCUCCACACAAGGUGCCGCGCUCGUGCUCCCAGGUGCCCGUCUUCCGCAGCCAGGAGCCUUCGUUUCCGGGGACGCCCCACGCCACGCCCGCAGGGCCGAGUCCCCCGCUGGUUGGAGACAGGCAGCUUUCUUGAGACUCUGCUACUCUCGUCUGCCCGUGGUCCGUCCGCCGGCUCACCUGCCGCCUGUUCUAGAAGGAUCACCGCCUGACCCUGCGGUGGCCUGAGUCUCUUCAUGGCUGUCCUCCCUUGGGGACUCAAGGUUCUGAUAAGAAAAUGUCACCCGCUUAGCUUCCUGCAGAGACCCGCAGGUUUCCACGGUGACACGGAUGGAAACAUUGAAAGGGCACCAUGUCUCCGCCCAGAUUUGUGAGUUUCCAUGGUGACACGGAUGGAAACCUUGAAAGGGCAUGUCCCCGCCCGGAUUGGCGGGUUUCCAUGGUGACACGGAUGGAAACAUUGAAAGGGCAUCAUGUCCCAGGCCUGAUUCCUGGGUUUCCAUGGUGACACGGAUGGAAACAUUGAAAUGACAUGUCUCUGCCCAGAUUGGCGGGUUUCCAUGGUGACACGGAUGGAAACAUUGAAAGGGCACCAUGUCCCAGGCUUGAUUCCUGGGUUUCCAUGGUGACACGGAUGGAAACAUUGAAAUGACAUGUCUCUGCCCAGAUUGGCGGGUUUCCAUGGUGACAUGCAUGGAAACCUUGAAAGGGCAUGUCUCCGCCCAGAUUGGCGGGUUUCCAUGGUGACACGGAUGGAAACAUUGAAAGGCCACCAUGUCCCAGGCCUGAUUCCUGGGUUUCCAUGGUGACACAGAUGGAAACGUCGAAAGGGCAUGUCCCCGCCCAGAUUCCGGUUUCCAUAGUGACAUGCAUGGAAACAUUGACAGGGCAUGUCCCUGCCCGGAUUGGCGGGUUUCCAUGGUGACAAGAAUGGAAACAUUGAAAGGGCACCAUGUUCCAGGCCUGGAUUCCUGGGUUUCCAUGGUGACAAGGAUGGAAAUAUUGAAAGGGCACCAUGUUCCAGGCCUGGAUUCCUGGGUUUCCAUGGUGACAAGGAUGGAAAUAUUGAAAGGGCACCAUGUUCCAGGCCUGGAUUCCUGGGUUUCCAUGGUGACAAGGAUGGAAACAUUGAAAGGGCACGUCCUGGCCCAGCUUUGCGGCCUGUGCCUGAUGCCCCCGGCCUGAGACCCCGGCACGGGAGGCAGCUGGCGGCCUCUGCCGCCUCGUCCCUCACAGCAGCUGGGGACGUGGACCAGCCUCGUCAGCAGGACACUGCUUCCCGCUCCGGGGCCGCUCGGACGGUGCCCGGCCCAGAGGGGUGUCCCCAGGUCUGAGAGUGGCCGUGUCUUUCUCUUCUUUGGUCUCUGACGAGCACACAGCCCUCUGUGGUGCAAGUGAUUUUCUUGUCUAGUAGCAGUUCCGCCGCUGACUGGCCUCUGCAUGUGCCCCCGACCCACCGCGGGGCCCCCGAAACACAGGCCCGGCCUCGGGCCGCACCGUGGGUCAGUCAGUGGAGGGGAAACUGUUACUCUACAGGCCACACUCUGGUUGUUUUCUGUGCCUGUCCAUUUAUGCAGAUGAAGAAGUUUUAGUAAGACGUUUUUAGCUAUAGUUACUCAAUUGUGUUUUCUUUUUUGUACCCAGUUUAUCUUUCAUAGCAUUGACCUUAGGCGGGCCUCCCAUUGUGCUGGCGGGCGCUGCCCGGACCACCGCGGGACUGACUCUGACGCCGCCACCCCUCACUGGCUGGAGGCGACCCCUGAGCCGGGCCAGGUCCCGGCCUUUCCUGUUGAGUAGACCAGGCCCAGCCGUGAGACGAGGCCCGCCCCCCUCCCCCGUAGAUGCUAGUGUUUGCGGCAUUUCAUAUUUAUACGCACGCGUUUUAUUUAAAGGACAGCAGGAGCCCGACUCUGACUCAGUUUCGCAUGUAGCUGUGUGCCCGGCCCUUGGCACCUUCCCGGCCUCCGUGGAUGGACGGCGAGUGCAGGUUUGGCACAGGGCGUCCGUGCCCUGCCCAGCCGGGAGGGCCCCCCGACAGCAGCCGGUCCCUGGACGAGGCCGCGUCCACCCGCCAGCCAGGGGCUGAAGACAUUCGGCCUUUAUUUUUGUAUUUCGGUGACGUGAAUGUACACGGGACAGCUCAGGGUCGUUGGGAGCCUGUUGGGUUUUUAUCUGCCUGUGAUUUCUUUUCUUUCUAAGUGAUACUCGUGUAACAGCCUGGGCUAAAUCGAGAAGGAAGACGCCGGUGUUCCGGGUGUCGCGCCCCCAGCGUGCUGGGGGGAGAGUUCCAGGAUGCUUUUUUGUUUGCUAAACUUUGAAGAAAUAUGUGCCUCAGUCUAGAAGUCUUGUCUUCUCUCCUCUGCACGUGACACCUGGCAGUCUGACCAGCCGUCUCACCUUUCGGGGGUGGGACUCGCUCGCAGGAGAGUGUGAUGUCGGCGAGCCGCGGUCCAGGCGUGCAGAAGGUGCAGGGACAAGCUCUACUCAUGUGCUUUGCUCCUCUUUGUACAUAGCUCCUCAGCUCAUGAACCUAAGUAUACACUUUCAGGUAUUUUUGUACCAAUAAGGGACUGGUGAUCUGUUUCUUGUAAUUUGAAAUAAACAUUAAUAAACAUACAGUGUUCUUCAUUUUC